AUGGCAGAUAAGUGGACCCCUUCGUCAUGGCGUCAAUUUCCCAUCAAACAACAGGCUUCGUACCCCGAUGAAAAGGCACUAAAGCAAGCUCAUGACAAGUUAAAAACAUUGCCCGGAUUGGUGUCUGUGCGUGAGAUUGAAGAAUUGAAGAAACAAUUGGCAGAAGUAGCGGCAGGAAAGCGCUUUUUGCUGCAAGGUGGCGAUUGCGCCGAGCGUUUUCAGGAUUGUCAACCAGAUCUGAUUGAAAAAAAGCUUAAAAUUAUGAUUCAAAUGAGUCUUGUGUUAGUCUGGGGUGCACGUAUUCCCACCGUGCGUGUAGCACGAAUGGCAGGACAAUUUGCUAAACCUCGGUCGAAUGACACCGAGAUGCUAGAUGGCGACAUGGUGACCAGCUUUCGUGGUGAGAAUAUCAAUGGAUACGAGAAAAACGAGCGUACACCAGAUCCACGCCGGUUACUGGAUGGGUAUUUUCAUAGCGCAGCUACUUUAAACUACGGGCGCGUGCUAGUAAGUUCGGGCUUUGCAGAUAUUCACGACGCUGGUAAAUGGGACCUCGACUUUGUUCAGACCUCAUCACGACGUGAAGAGUACCAGCACAUGGUUAACGAAAUCACAGAUAGUUUACAUUUCGUGCAUAUGUGUGGCGUUGGAGCGGACUCACCACAUUUAAAAACUGUCGAUCUCUUUGUGUCGCACGAAGGACUGGAACUUGGGUACGAAGAGACGAUGACACGUAAAGUGGACGGCAAGUAUUACAACGUAGGGACAGAUUUUUUAUGGAUUGGCGACCGUACUCGCCAGCUAGACCACGCCCAUAUUGAGUACUUUCGAGGGAUUGAGAACCCCAUAGGUAUCAAAGUUGGUCCGAGCAUGGCUGUAGAAGAUCUGGUGCCAUUAAUUCGUAAGCUAUGGAAAGAUCCGGAUGCUUAUCCGGGUAAAAUCACACUAAUUACACGAUAUGGUUACGAAAAAGUGGCGAGUUUACUCCCAAAGCAUAUCAAAGUUGUGAAAGAUGCAGGACUAAAGGUCAUUUGGUCUUGCGAUCCGUGUCAUGGCAACACUAUCGUGGCUGAAAAUGGCUACAAGACUAGACAAUUUGACCGCAUAUUUGGCGAGUUAGAGCAAACAUUGGAAAUCCAUCGUGAGGCGGGGUCAAUACUUGGUGGUGUCCACUUUGAGCUGACGGGUGAAAACGUGACCGAGUGUACAGGUGGUCCGCAGGGUAUUGAUGAAGCCGAUUUGCCGCUGCGCUACACAAGCUAUUGUGAUCCACGGCUAAAUUACUCGCAGAGCAUGGAAGUGGCCUUCCUUCUGGCCAAAAAUCUUUCAGUGCACCAUGACUUGGCACCACUAAACGAAACUUCCAAGAACCGAAAGCGUUCGAUGGAAAUUUCGGACCCAUCAAAACGUUUUCGUGCUUAA